AUGAUUGCUUUUGGUAUACGUCGUUCUGAUGAUGAUGAAAAUAAAGAACUACGAAAGUUGAUUGAUAAAAACUUACCAAUAGCAAACAAUCAAAAAAUUUUCUUGUUAUCGAAUGAAGAUUCUGAUCGUUUUAACAAUGGACAAAUCCAAAAUUUACAGAAAAAGACUCGAAUUUUACUUUUACCAUUAAUAAUUCGUAUGCUUCUAAAACGAAUUGCUGAACGUACAAAUAUUAUUGAAAAAUUCAAUAAUUCACAAACAUCCAAUGAGGUUAAAAAAAAAUUUUUCACUAUUCAAUAUUUAAUUAAUUUAUUUUUGUAA